GAAAUGAACAGCACUGUAAACAGGAAGUACUUUCAUUUUAUCCUAAAGUUCAGGUGGUAUGUGUUUAAGGGCCGAAAAACAGCCAAAGAAGUCUUAUUACAGGCCGAUAGGCGCUGUCCUACCACAAAUACUUUCUAGUAAGUGAAAUGACAGAAUAUGGAGUAGUUCCAGCAAAUCUCAUUAGCCAGAGAGGAAGACAGCAAGACUUGCAGUUGCUGAUCUUGCACUUUUGGUCCCUGAGAUGACAUCACAGCAGCCUCAACUCCACGGUGGGGCUAUUCAUCACCAGGUCGCCAACAAUGACUCAGCUCAACAAGCCCAGCCUCAUCUCCAGGCCCAUCAUCUUGACUCAAAUCCGAGCGGCGCCACCGCCGGCCGUCUGGACAACAGAGCUCUCUCGCGGCGGCCCGGAUGCUCCACUUUGGCAACCACUGGCGGUGUCUCGGCCUGUUUGGUCAACUCCAGCGUAUCCAAAGGAUUGAGGAGUUUUGAGCCUUGGCCCGAGGAAGCGGUGGACAAGUCACAUGGGUUGAACUCGCUCCACCGCAUGUUUGAUAUAAUCGGAGCCCAGCUCACUCAUCGGGACGUUAGAGUACUGUCGUUUUUGUUCGUUGAUGUGAUUGACGAGUACGAACGUGGCGGCAUCAGGAGCGGACGAGAUUUCUUGCUGGCACUGGAGCGCCAGGGUCGCUGUGAUGAGACCAACUUUCAACACGUGCUCCAGCUUCUGAGAAUUAUCACUCGUCAUGACCUCUUGCCUUACGUCACACUUAAGAAACGACAGGCUGUGUGCCCAGAUCCUGUUGACAAGUACUUGGAAGAGACGUCCGUGCGCUACAUUUCGCCGAGAGGAGCCAUGAAAAGCAGGGAAAAUGCGCCUCGCAGAAUGACAGGACCCUAUGUUGGGCCAUCUCGGAUGAAAGCGGCUCCUUCUGUACCGAAUGGCGUGUGGAAGAGAAGCCAUUCCUUAUCCGACUUCAGAGAGAAGCAAACUUGUGAUAUACGCCUGCGCGUCCGUGCCGAAUAUUGCCAGCACGACUCGGCCCUUCAGGGCAACAUCUUUUCCAACAAGCAAGAGGUUGUGGAGCGCCAAUUUGAACGUUUCAACCAGGCCAACACCAUCCUCAAAUCACGAGACUUGGGCUCCAUCAUCUGUGACAUCAAGUUCUCCGAGCUCACCUACCUGGAUGCUUUCUGGAGAGACUACAUCAACGGCUCGUUGUUAGAGGCCCUGAAAGGAGUUUUCAUCACAGAUUCUCUGAAGCAGGCAGUAGGCCACGAGGCGAUCAAACUGUUGGUCAAUGUUGAUGAGGAGGAUUACCAGGCGGGCCGUCGCAGACUUCUUUGUAAUUUGGUGACGAGCGGAGAUCCUCCCGGUGGCGUCAAAGACUGCGUGUCGUAGACGUCAGUUCAAGCAUACAGAAGGAAUACAACUGUGCCUCCCAAUGGGGACUAGAAAGAGCUGGAAGGAUGAUGCACAUGUGAUACCCGUGUUUUGGAAUGUGUGUAUGUAUCUGGAAUUGCAGCAAAUCCCGCUGAUUCAUUUCGCGCAAUGGUCGGAGGAUAGUUGGUACCCCCGACGUAUAGCAUGCAAGGGGAUUGGGGACUGUGCCAGUCAAAAGUAGUUGGUCAUGCAUACAGAUUUACAUUCAUUUGAAUCGAAAUCUGUUUGUUUUCUUCAAGGGAGAAAAUGCUUUUUGUUUUAUUUACACUGAUUUUGAUAACAUGAAAAAUCCUCAAUGGUGUCAAGUUACUCCUGGUGAGGGAUAUACCGAGUUUUUUUUUUGUUUGUUUUUUUUCCCCAUAUAAUUUAUUAUUUCACGCCUGAUUGGUUGCAUUAACCCAUUUUUAAUGUGUUCAGUAUGCUCUGGAAAAGCACCGACUUAAGUAGCCACGCAGUUAGUGUUGUUUUUUUUUUAAGUUUUGUGUGUGUUUUCCUCCUCUAUGUCUAAGACCAUUUUGUACUAACAGGACUGAUUAUCACAAAAGAAUUUCAUAUUUACUUUCUGCAUUUGCUGCCACACCAGAAAAAAAAAGAUGUUCAUCAUCAUGUUAUAAUGUGAUAAGUUCCACAUUUUAAAAAUGACAAGUGCCACGUAACAUAAGUUAUGUUAUAACAUGGCACAUUUUGGCUUUCACAUUCACCGUAACAAAGCAAAAGCAAUUACUUUCCAAUCCAGGUCACUGGCAGAAUCCUUUUUCUGUUUUAUAAAUCAAAAUGACUAGCAACAUAAUUACUACUUCUCUAAAAAAUAAUAAUGUCAAGUGUUUAAAAUUAUUUAACUUUUACCAAAUUCCAUCUCUGACCUUAACCGGAAGUAAGUGCUUAAUUUUGUUGUGCCGAAUGCAGAAGCCAAACAUCACGUUUUAACGUGAUAUGUUUUUAUUUUAUACAUUAUUGUCUUUUAGGUAACUUUCAGCUUAAGUUUCAAGGACGCUCCGUUAAUGUGUCAUGUUUUUACCACCAAAUUGUUUUCAAUAUUAUUUGUCAUAAGAACAGUAUAUGGUGGAAGUGAACAUGGUUACCAUUAAAAUAAUCGGAUUUUGAGAAAACAAUGUGCAGUCAAUGGAUAAAGAAUUCUAGUGCUAUGCUUUAUAUAUCAGGAUGUUGUGAGGGGUUGAGAAUCUGCUCCGUACCUGUUUUAAAAAAGACAUAAUAUGGAGAAAAACAAAGUUUUAAGUGCUUGUAUUCAAAUGGCUUGGUAUGUGGACUAUCUCAGUCUCUCAAAUGUGAAUUUAUCCAACCAAGUAAUUGUUUUGUGAAGUGCCUUUGUCAGAAAAUAUUUCACUUGACAAAGUCCUCAUUGUUAGGUCCAACUGUGACGCACAUGCAGUAAAACAUUGUAGAUAUUUUUAUUUUUU